UCAUCAAACCCCACAAAGCCAUAAAGAGGUUCUGAGCCAAGUUUUGUCAGGACAAGAUCUUCUGACCAUGGGAUGAAUCUCAAAAUCUGAUACAAACCAAUUAUUACAACAACAGAAGAGGAUAAAACAAAGCUACUCCAACAGAAUCCUCAAGUGCAAUUAGGUUUCUUUCAACAGAAAAAAGAAAAGGUACAGAAAGUAAAUACAAGAUAGAGGGACCCUUUUGUGGUGGCAACUUAGAUUUAUAAAGCUUUGAUCUUUUUAUGUUUCUUGUGUCUUUCACUCAUUAGGCCUUUCUGAAACAAGGCUUAGCCUCUAAGUAAAUCUUGGUGAGUUAUAUGUAUUUCCAUUUCACAAAUGCUCUCCUUAGGAUACUAAUCAUUGUUUACAAAAAAAAAUUCUUGCAUGGGCAGUUCAAGAUCAAGAGAAGAGAGUGCUGAUUAAGGAUCAUCAUCAGACACACAUUAAAGUAAUAUUAAAGGCUGUUUAGUACCAGAAUCUGUAAUAAGUAAAAAAGCAUCUUCAGUUUUAUAAGUCUUUUGACCAGAAGCAUCUGCAAGUACUACAGCACCAGACAAAACUCAUGGCAAGUGAUAGUCUAAGACCAAGACCAUCAGAAAAUCAACACACAGAAAAGAGAAGGGGACCUGGUGCAACAUCUGAGAGAACAUCCGAUGCGAAGACAUUAAGACGUUUGGCACAAAACCGAGAAGCAGCUAAGAAGAGCAGGCUUAGAAAGAAGGCCUAUGUGCAGCAGCUGGAAUCUAGCAGAAUAAGGCUUUCCCAGAUUGAGCAGGACCUUCAACAGUCACAAACUCAGGGUUUGCUGCUGGGAGGUAGCAGUGGUUUCGGUAACAUCAGCCAAGGUGCUGCCAUAUUUGACAUGGAAUAUGCAAGAUGGUUGGAUGAUGACCACAGGCACAUGGCAGAGCUUCGGACAGCAUUGCAGGCACAUUUAUCUGACAGUGAUUUACGGACAAUAGUAGACAGACACAUCGCACAUUAUGAUGAAAUUUUCCACCUGAAAGGAGUAGCAGCCAAAUCAGAUGUCUUUCACUUGAUCACAGGAAUGUGGACUAGUCCAGCUGAACAUUGCUUUCUGUGGCUAGGUGGCUUCAGGCCUUCAGACCUAAUUAAGAUGUUAAUAUCUCAACUGGACUUGCUAACUGAGCAGCAACUCAUGGACAUAUACAGCCUUCAGCAUUCUUCACAGCAGGCAGAGGCAGCCCUGUCUCAGGGACUUGAUCAAUUACAACAAUCUCUAAUUGAUACAAUCGCCAUUGGAUCUGUUAGCGAUGGAAUGCAUCAUAUGGCUGUUGCUCUUGGAAAGCUUGCCAAUCUUGAAGGCUUCGUUCGUCAGGCUGAUAACUUAAGGCAACAAACUCUUCACCAACUGCAUAGGAUAUUUACAGUUCGACAAGCUGCAAAAUGUUUUCUGGUGAUCGGGGAAUACUAUGGCCGCCUGAGAGCACUAAGUUCCCUUUGGGCAUCACGGCCACAUCCACACCAAAACCUGAUCGGGAAUGACGGUUCAUGCCAAACAACCAGCACAGGCUUGCAUAUGCUGCAAUCUUCAGGGCAUAACCACUUCAACAACUUUUAACCAGGCUGUGUGCUUAUAUAUAUCUGAUAGUCAGGACUCUUGCACACAUUCCACAAGAUUCAAAUUCUCAACUUCUAGAUAGCGGAAGAAGGCAAUACGACUAUGUCAAAGGCGACUCGGAUAUGUCUAUAUUCUGUAACCUUCUUCCUUGUAUAUUCAGAACAGGACUGUCAGUUACUAUUUUAACUCUUCUUCAACCAUUAAGCUUAUCUUAAUUCUAA